GCGCCUUUCCGGCGUUGACGCGAGUCUGACGCAGGCACACUCUGCGUCCGUCUUCUCGGGGAGCCGAGCGAGUGUGUUGUGCGGGUCGUCGUUAUGAAAGCCAUCUGCGUGCUGAAGGGCAGCGGUGAAGUCACCGGGACCGUUAACCUAGAGCAAGCUGUCAGGAAGGAACGAAUCUGGAGAAUCUGUCCUUGUAAACAUCAGUUAGUGGAAGAUGGAUCUGUGACUGUGAGAGGAAGCAUCACUGGACUGACUCCUGGAAAACAUGGAUUUCACGUUCAUGCUUAUGGGGAUAAUACAAAUGGUUGUAUCAGCGCAGGACCACACUAUAAUCCUUUUAAUAAAAAGCAUGGCGGACCAGAUGACGUAGAAAGACAUGUUGGUGAUCUUGGCAAUGUGGUGGCUAAUGACAGUGGUGAGGCCAAAUUCGAACUAAAGGAUAAAAUGCUCAGUCUAUCAGGAGAAAGGUCCAUUAUCGGACGUACACUUGUGAUUCAUGAGAAAGAAGAUGACUUGGGCAAAGGAGGAGAUGAAGAAAGCACCCGAACAGGAAAUGCUGGAGGACGCUUGGCCUGUGGUGUGAUUGGAAUUGCCAAAGAUUGAAAUUUGAUAUCUCUUGGAUAGGGGUGGUAAAUAGUGCAUAAUUUUUCUUUAGAUAGCAAACUAAACCUAUCACUAGCUAGUAGUUGAAUGUUCAACAAUUUUGAACUUCAAAUUAUACUCUAUAAAACUUAAGUACACCAGUUGAUCCAAAUUAGUGUGGCUGUGCUUUCAAUACUUUAGAGGUACAAUGGAUAAAUCCUAACUAGAGGAUCUCCAGCUUUCUGUUGGAUAUUGAUUGUUGACACUUUUUUUGUUUGAAGAAUACAAGAUGUACCUGACUACAUAGAAGCACUGAAAAAUACAUUGUCAAAUAAAUCAAA